UUUAAAUCUGACCUCCCGACCACUCCUCUCCUUUGAUUGGUUGACGCGGUUCCAUUCCGGGAAGAAGGUCGUGACGUGGAGGGGGAGUGUCCUCCUGCAGUCGAGCUGUUCUAUUAGUUAAAUUCUAAAGUUCGUUUGCACAUAUAAACUCCGUUACUGUAACGAGAAAGGUUAACUAAAAACCAGCAACAACCGGGUAACGUUGAUAACGGAACUUCCACGGUGCUGCACGAGCCUGACCCGUGCGUUUCAGAACUUUGAGUUGCAGAAAAUCAGCGGCAACGACGUGUUCUCUCUCUCACACACCCGGAGCCAGACCGAUAGAACGGGACCGGGCGGAUUAACCCUGUAGCCGGAAAGGUGGUGUGUUUCCCGGAGAUGAAGAUCCAGUUCGCUCCGAUGAACAUCCCGCUGCGGAGGAGACUCCAGACAGCCGCGGUAAUGCAGUGGGUCUUCUCUUUCCUGGCGCUAGCCCAGUGUUGUCUAGCAGGGUAUGUGUUGCUGUGCGUCUCUGAUUGGUGGGUUCUGGCGGCGCUGUAUGCUGGUUGGCUGUAUCUGGACAGGGACACACCCACCAGCGGAGGUCGGAGGUCAGAGUGGCUUCGGAACUGCAGUGUCUGGAAACACUUCAGAGACUACUUCCCUCUGAAUCUCAUAAAGACGGUGGAUCUGGACCCCGGUUCUAACUACCUCUUUGGGUUCCACCCCCAUGGUGUUCUGGUGGCAGGGGGUUUUGGGAACUUCUGUACAGAGGCAUCAGGGUUCUCCUCGCUGUUCCCCGGGCUGACCCCCUACCUCCUGAUGCUGCCAUUCUGGUUCAGAGUACCCUUCUUCAGAGACUACAUCAUGUGUGGAGGGCUGGUAUCCAGUGAGAAAGCCAGUCUGUCCUACCUGCUCUCAGCUCCUGGAGGAGGUAAUGUGGCGGUGGUGGCUGUAGGGGGCGCUCCAGAGGCUCUAGACGCCCGGCCAGGAGCUCUCACCCUUCAGAUUCUACACCGCAAGGGAUUCAUCAAACUGGCGCUAAAACACGGGGCCCAGCUAGUACCUGUGUUCUCCUUUGGGGAGAAUGAGCUCUUCGACCAGAUGACCAACCCUACCGGCUCGCCGCUCCGCUGGCUUCAGGACCACCUGCAAAGGCUCAUGGGAGUGGCGCUGCCAAUGUUCACCGGACGAGGAGUGUUCCAAUACAGCUUCGGUCUACUGCCCUACAGAGAGCCCAUACACACAGUUGUGGGUAGGCCUAUUCCAGUGGUCCAGACCCCCUCUCAUCUCUCUCUCUCUCUCUCCAGUGGGUAGGCCUCUUCCAGUGGUCCAGACCCCCUCUCAUCUCUCGCUCUCUCUCUCUCCAGUGGGUAGGCCUCUUCCAGUGGUCCAGACCCCCUCUCAUCUCUCUCUCUCUCUCUCUCUCUCCAGUGGGUAGGCCUAUUCCAGUGGUCCAGACCCCCUCUCUCAUCUCUCUCUCUCUCUCUCUCCAGUGGGUAGGCCUCUUCCAGUGGUCCAGACCCCCCUCUCAUCUCUCUCUCUCUCUCUCUCUCCAGUGGGUAGGCCUCUUCCAGUGACCCAGACCCCCUCUCAUCUCUCUCUCUCUCUCUCUCUCUCCAGUGGGUAGGCCUAUUCCAGUGGUCCAGACCCCCUCUCAUCUCUCUCUCUCUCUCUCUCUCUCUCUCUCCAGUGGGUAGGCCUAUUCCAGUGGUCCAGACCCCCUCUCAUCUCUCUCUCUCUCUCUCCAGUGGGUAGGCCUAUUCCAGUG